CAGUACUUUAAACAUUCUAUCCCUUUGAAAAUUAAAGACACAUUUAUUGAUACUUGAUAAUAUUAUUGCAUUAUAUACAGUUUUUAUAUAAGUUUUCCUACAAUGGCUCAUCAGUGUAGUUGUGGAGGUAUACAUAAUAAUGCAGAAUUGGGUAUACAGUAUAAUCUAUACAAAAAAAUUGAUAUUGAAAAUACAGAAUGUUUAAAUGAAUGUGAAGAAGGUAGUGGAGCUACUGUAUUUAAAUCGUGGGAAAAUAGAUUAGACAGAAAUAAAUAUGUCGAAAGUGAUAUGGAUAAUGAACUUCUGUUUAAUAUUCCUUUUACAGGAAAUAUAAAAUUAAAGGGACUUAUUAUUAUUGGAGGCGAAGAUAAUUUUCAUCCAAAUAAAGUGAAAUUGUACAAAAAUAGACCAUGCAUGACAUUUGAUGAUGUAACUAUAGAACCUGAACAAGAGUUUGAAUUGUGUGUUGACACAAAUGGAAUACAUGAAUAUUCUCCUAAAGUGGUUAAAUUUUCAUCAGUGUAUCAUUUAAGCUUACACUUUACUGGUAUUGGAAGAACAGAUAAAAUAAAAAUUUAUUACAUUGGCUUAAAAGGAGAAUGGUUACCUUUGCAUCAACAUGGUGUUACUAUUUGUACUUAUGAAUUACGUCCACAAAUGAAUGAUCAUCUAAAAGAAAGCCAUGAAGAUAUUGAUAGAACAAUUAGUUAA